AUGCCCAAGCCCGCUUUCGUGAUCGUACCAGGCGCGUGGCAUAGACCACAGCACUACCGCAAGCUCAUCAAUGGGUUGGCAAAUUUCAAUUAUGAGGCAGUGGGCGUAACAAUGCCCUCGGUUGACUCUAGCCCACCCCAUCCCAGCUGGGAUCAAGAUGCACAAGCGGUUCGCCGGGUGAUUAUGAAAUACUUGAAUGCCGGCACGGAUGUCAUUACUGUUGCCCACUCCUUUGGUGGAGUCGCCAUGUCUGAGGCUGUCAAGGGUCUGGGCAAGCAAGACCGCGAGAGAGAGGGGCAUAAGGGUUCAGUGAGAAGGCUGGUUUAUAUGUGCGCGAUGGCGCUACCCAAGGGCCAGACUCAUGUUGGUCAACUUGUGCCAGUCACCCCUGAAGAAGAGGAAAUCGAGCGGAAGCGCCAAGAACUAGCUGCCAAGUACGGAGGAAUGAAAUUCACAGAGGAUGGGGCUAUGGUGCUCGAGGGAGAAAUCGUUCAGGACAUCCUCUAUAGUAGAUGUGAUCCCAAGGAUGCCCAGGAAGCACUCAGUAUGCUGGGAUCAUUUCCUGCGGGUCCGCUGACUGUGCCUGCCACAUACUCGGCAUUCAAGGAAAUUCCCAGCACGUACAUCGUGUGUAAGAAUGACAACGCGUUGCCUGCAUGUGUGCAAAGAAGAAUGAUUGCGCAAGGUGAGGGUGCCUUCGACGUCGAGGAAUGCGAUGAGGGCCACUCUCCGUUCUUGAGCAACCCCAGUCUCAUUGUGGAUCACGCUACUGUCGAAGUGGCGUCGACACCUGCAAAGCCACCGCGUCGCCAGAACACCAGUUGCGAUCCCUGUCGGCGCUCAAAACGACGUUGCUUCUUCUCACAUCGUGAUGAGGGUGACGAUAGUGCUUCAUGUACACAUUGCCAACGUCUUGGGCAUGCAUGCACCUUCGAUUUCGCCACAUCCCAACUGAAUUCUAGGCCUAAGAAGAGGCAACGCCGCAAACAACAAGGUCCUUCCCAUUUACCGGGGUAUCCUCAGCCAAAUAUUGUUGAUAAAGCGUCAGAAACGCCCGUCAACUGUCCGAGAGAUUCAUGUCAGAACGGCUCUACGUAUGACCAAGAGGAUUUCAGCUCGUGGCUCAACCUUGAUGUUGGCCAAUAUUUUGAUGACAUCUCGAGAUCAUUCGCAACAGAUACAUAUUCACCAACUACUUCAUUGGCACCGGCUCAUUUAGACUUAUCGGCAACAUCAGAGCCGAGGCGCUAUGAGAGAGAGGCUCUUGUUCCAAGCCGAUCACAUCCUGCGCAAUCGGCUCUUACCUUGGUAGCAGGGCAAUUACUCGGCAGUACACUGCGCAGUCCAGUAUAUCUGCUGACCUCGAGGUUGAAUGCAACUAUCAUCGAUGAGCGUCUCGCACGGAUUUACGAAACGAUUGUGACUGGAUCCGCGUCAAGAUUUCUGGACUAUGACAGCAAUUUAUACGCAACAGGCUAUCGCUAUCAGAUUGAAAAUAGCAGUCCUGAAGAAUCACAAGAAUCCUCCCCUGCCAGGAUAGCCACCAUUCUAAAUGAAAACUCAAUCGGCUUUCCGACGUCCUCCCCCCAGCCAAUGGAACCUCUCUCAUCCUGUCAUAGCUCAAACGAAAGGACGGACACAUGA